AUGUCCGCUACCGUUAAAGCCUGGCACCGUGACGAUUGCCGUCGCCUCUCGAUCGAUAUUGAACAGAUCCAAUACCAAGACCUCAAGAAGAAGCUCCAAAACACAUUCCAGCUCGAUAACGAGUUUACGGUCAAAUACGCAGACAUGGACGGUGACCUCUGCACCAUCGCGGGUACCGAAGAGUUUGAAGACAUGAUCAACUCGGAUUUCGUCAAGGAAAGGAAGGCUACCUUGAGACUUCAGGUCAUUCCUAAUUCUCGACGACCCAGUAUCCUGCAUCGACGCGAGUCUUCUGACCUAUCAGGUACCUCGACCCUUGGAGAUUCGAAGGGAAGCAGCAGAGGACCAUUCGACAGCGAAUAUGCAGACUCGGACAUGCUCGAGAUCCUCCGUGAUAUCAGUCUUUUCAUCUGUGCCAGGGGGAUGGAUCGUCACGGCUCUGAAAAUGCAGAGAGUGCAUUGGCUGAUCUGCCACCCGGUGCGUCGUCUUGGGUUUCUGCUGGCAAGAACCUCAUCACACCGACAUCGGCACAGAACUUCCAACGCCUGAACUAUGCCCGCGCUGCCCGGGCAAAGUUCCCAGCCUCCAAUGGUACCGACCUGCUGAACGGCCUGGAUACACAUGUGUACAACUGGACGGUCGAAACAACAGCCCAAUGGCUCAUUACAAACGGAUACGAAGACAGCGUCCAAUCCUUCAAAGAGAACGACAUUACAGGAGACGUGCUACUGGACCUGACACACGACACACUAAAGGACAUGGGUAUGUCAUCCACAGGCAGAAGAAUCCGUCUCCUAAAGAUGAUCGCCGAGCUCCGCAUGCACGUCGCAGACCUCACCCUCCAAGAGGCCACCGACGAAGUCCAGGCCCUAGAAGGCCUCUCCCUCAACUAG